CUAGCAGUCGUCGACUUCUUCUUCUCAAAUUCGCCAUGGGAAAAAAGUCCGCCAUCAAGGUUGAAGCAGCCCCUGCUGCAAUUAAGGCCACAAAACCUUUGAAGAAAGGUAAGAGAGAGAGUGAGGAUGAUUUGGAUACCAAAGUGAACCUUAAGAAGCAGAAGAAAGACGUGGUUGCUGCUGUCCAAAAGGAAAAGGCUGAGAAAAAGGUGCCCAAGAAGGUGGAGAGCUCUGAUGAGUCUGAUUCUGAAGAAGAGGAGACGGAACCCGCUCAAAAGAAGAAGGCUCUUACUUCUACGAACGGAAGUGUUGCAAAAGAUGAAUCAACUUCCGAAGAGGAAUCUUCAGAUGAGGAAGAAGUUGCUGCAGCUAAGCCAGGUGUGAAAGAUUCUUCAUCCUCUGAGGAGGAUUCAGAAGAUGAAUCCGAGGAUGACAAGAAACCUGAUGCUAAGAAGGCGGCUCCAGUCGCUACCAAGGCUGCAAGCAGUUCAGAGUCGUCUGAGGAAGAUUCUGAUGAGGAAAGUGAAGAUGAAAAACUUGCACCAAAGGCUGAAAAGGAUAGCAGUAGCAAUGACUCUGACUCUGAUGAGUCUGAGAGUGAAGAUGAGAAAGAAACCCCAAAGAAAAAGAGCUCUGAUGUUGAAAUGGUAGAUGCUGAGAAGAAACAGCCAAAGACACCAUCAACUCCUGCUACAGGAGGAACAAAGACACUGUUUGUUGCCAAUCUCCCAUUCAAAGUUGAAAAAUCAGAUGUUGAGGAGUUCUUCAAGGAAGCUGGCCAAGUUGUUGAUGUUAGAUUUGCCAUGUCAAAAGAGGAUGGCAGUUUCAGAGGCUUUGGCCAUGUUGAGUUUGCGUCUGCUGGAGAAGCACAGAAGGCACUUGAAUUUCACGGUAGACCUUUACUCGGUCGUGAAAUUCGUCUUGAUGUUGCUCAAGAGAGGGGAGAAAGAUCCGCAUACACUCCCCAAAGCAGAGGAAGCGACAACCGUGGCAGAGGGAGAGACAGCCGAGGCCGUGGCAGAGGAAGAGACUUCCGUGGACGUGGCAGGGGAAGAGACAAUGGUCGUGGAAGACCUAGUUUCACUCCUUCAAAUAAGAAGACUACCUUUAGCGAGGAGUAG